AUGGAUAACGAAGCAAAAUUAGCCGUUAAUAAAAAGACCUCAUUGAAUAACUGUGGUAAAGAUCGUUGGGAAAAAGCGUGGCACAAACCCUGUGUGUUUUAUAAGCCCAAUUUGGUGAACAAGCUAUGGCCAAUGCUGGUGAUGAUUGGUUCAUUGGAAAUAGCUGUUGGAAUCAUUCUGCUCAUAGUUAUGGUUUUGUACUCCCAGGAAUUCGAGAAGAUAUAUUCAUCUGAAUAUCAUAAAAGUAUGUGA